AGACUCGGUAAGCCCCGGCCGCGCAGGGCGCCGCGCGCAGUCCAGCCGGCCCUGCCCUGCCCUGCCCUGCCUUGCCCUGCCCUGCGCUGCCCGGCCCCGCGCGGGCGGCGCGAUGUGAGGCGCCCAAGCCCGGAGCCUCCGCCUGACACCAGCUCCACGCAGCCUGGCGCCGGCACGCGCGAGGCCCAUUUGACUGACUGAGGACGCGACGGGCACUCAGCUUCUCUGCAUCUCUGUCGCCCAGCGGAGGGGCUGGCACAUACCCUUCUGCAGAGGCCGGGCUGGAGGAGAAGAUGGCGGCCAAGCAGCCCCCGCCUCUGAUGAAGAAGCACAGCCAGACGGACCUCGUGAGCCGCCUGAAGACCCGCAAGAUCCUCGGCGUGGGCGGGGAGGACGACGACGGGGAGGUGCAUCGCUCCAAGAUCAGCCAGGUCUUGGGCAAUGAAAUCAAGUUUACUGUUCGGGAGCCUUUGGGGCUCAGGGUCUGGCAGUUCGUCUCUGCUGUGCUCUUCUCUGGCAUUGCCAUCAUGGCACUUGCCUUCCCUGACCAGCUCUAUGAUGCGGUCUUUGAUGGAGCCCAGGUGACCAGCAAGACCCCCAUCCGCCUCUAUGGCGGUGCCCUCCUCAGCAUCUCCCUGAUCAUGUGGAACGCUCUCUACACGGCUGAGAAGGUCAUCAUUCGAUGGACCCUGCUCACUGAAGCCUGCUACUUCGGGGUCCAGUUCUUGGUGGUCACUGCCACGCUAGCUGAGACGGGCCUCAUGUCCCUGGGGAUCCUGCUGCUCCUGGUCAGCCGCCUCCUUUUUGUCGCCAUCAGCAUUUACUACUAUUACCAAGUCGGCCGAAGACCCAAGAAGGCCUAGCUGCCCGCUGGGCCUGGGGCCCUGCCCAUGCCCAGGGCAGAGUGGCGCUGGGGCCUCGGCUUCCCUCUGGCUCCUGGAAGACAGGAGGGUCCCCUGCCCUGCCCCAGCCCUGCCCCAGGGAGGCAGGGGGUGGGGGGCCUUCCUUUCCUCCUGGGCACUCCGUGUGCUGUGACCUCCUGGGCUUUCAGGCUUGACAUGCUGGUGUGGGGAGAGACAGGGCCUCUGCUGCCCGAUUCCUCACCCUCACAGUGAUACCUCCUUUCCUUGGGUCUCUCGGCCUCCAGACCCCUCAACAGACACUGACGAAAGUCAAGCUGGAGUCAUGAGGGUAGUGGGCUAAGUCGAGGGUCCAGCCUCUUCUGCCAGGAAGCCCUUCUUGCUUUUGAGAGAUGCUGUGACCACCCCCAUCCUUCUCCCCACACCCCCAGCCAACCUAGUGCCCAACCAGCUAAACUUGGCUUCCCUCUAAUCCUGGAAAACCCUGUACCCCUCCUCCCCAAUCUGGCCCUCUCCACACGCACACCCUGAACGCACAUACAGACACAACACACACACACACCCCCCCAUGAUGUGAGCAAGCACAUACACAUAACAUACGCACAGUCUCUCUCACACACACACGUGCACCUUCACAGCCCAGCCGAGGGCACGCAGGCAGGGUGUGCGGUCUGAGAUGGCACCUCCCUUUCAGCCGUUCUUCAAGGAUGGGCCACACACAGCUAGACGCCCUGUCCCCACUCUCCUGGCCUGGCGCGAUGAGCUCUCCUGGGACCUUGCUCUAGGGCACUCUGUCUCUACCCCAGGACCCCGGAGUCCCCUGGGAGCCCCCUCCCUGCAACCAGCCCGAGUUCAGAGGCAGCCAGCAGCUGCACCCACAGGCCGCACGGACAAAGGGACACACAGCCCCCAGUGGAGACCAUUGUAAGAGGUGGGGCUGGGAGAGGAGGAACAGAAGGAAAGCCAUAGCGCUCCCUCGCCCUGGAAUGUCCCCCAAGGCCUGAUGGCCACUGGGCUCAGCCUGUCCCCCACUCCUCCCUGUUUCCUGGUGAGCUGUCCUCAACACCUGCAACCCUGGCUGCCUCCAGGGCCUGGCUGAGUGGGACUGGGUGGCCCUCAAACUCAGCACAGGAAGUAAGUAGAAACAUUUCAGCAAGCCGCCUCCCUUUAUCUCCCCCACCCUGGCACCCUGGCAAAGGCUGACAACUGGCUGUCUUGGGGCUGAAGAGCCCCCCCCCCGCCUCUCCCUGAGGGCCCACCAGCCUGUGCUGUACACCCCCCAUUAGUCCCUGAUCCCAACCCUCCCUCCUGCCAGCACACCGGCACACAUGGGAAGGGGCAAGCCCCAGCCCUGGGGACAGGCGUAGGGAGAGAAGCAGCCCCAGGCCCCAGACUGGCUUCCCAUCCUGGCAUAGAGCCGGGAAUGGCUGGAGGGUGUCUAUAUGUACAGCCAGCUCUGGCUGCUGCCAGGUGGGCCCCUGCCGGGGGUCCUCACCCCUGUCCACUCUUGUGCCUGGCUGUCCCUGCACCCAGAUACAGCACCACGGCCUGUACCCAGCAGAGCAGUGGCACCACCGUGGUUCCAGUGGAUGCCCCAAGGCUCUGCUUGGUAAACGUGGCUGAGCAGAAUGGGAGGCUGGACCCUGAGGAAGGGCCCCUCUCCUGGCAUCUGUCUCUCGCUACCUAAGCCUGUGCCUCUCCCUAAAGAGCUCCUCCCUGCUGCCAAGCCCUGGUCUGGCCACGAGCCACUACUGCCUCACACCGGUGGUGCCGCCAGCAGGCAGUGCCCUCGGGCCGAAGCCUCAGUCCCCCAUCUGAGCCAGGCCUAGUCCUCUAAUAGGGAUGGUGGCUUUGUCCUCCCAUCACUGCAGGUGCAUUCCACCUGGGGAAUGAGGCUGUGCGCUGGGCGUCUGCUGGCCCUGAGACAUCCAGUCUUCCACACUCAACCGUGGGAUGGGAGGGUGGCGUGGCCUUACCCACGGGGCUGGCCAGGCUCUGGUACAGAGCUGUGCUCACGAAAUACCGGGUGGCUUGGUUAGACCUAAUUGUAGUGGAGCCUGGGGGAGAGGGUGAGGGAGGGGACUGCGGGUCAGAUAAGACCUGGAAGACAGACGUACAGCCGGCGGGCAGGGGGACUUUAAGGCAAGGAGGACUUACAGUUGGGAAGGAGGCAGUGGCAGAGGGGCGAGGGACAGGGGGGCCCUUAAGUCCAGCGAGGAAAGCUUCAUGUGGGCCCCGCACUGCGCUCCGUUCGGGGUGACCUGGAACACCUCUUUUCCCAGCUCCCUCCAGCCAUCAGCAGCCUCUUGUCAAGCUUCCGUCUCACCCCAGUCUAUCCCCACCCCCAAAUCAAGACCACCUUUUCUUCACGGUCACUAUUUAUUCUUUGUUCCUUUUUCUUUUUGUAAGAAACAGUCACAAAAACCAGUGCAAAACCA